CACAGUUAUCCCCCAAAAUAACCUCCUCUCGACGCCAUUCUCGCUACGAAGCAAAUUUUCUGCCCUGAAUCUGACGAUAAAAGCUUGGUACACUCGGGCGCCAAUCUGGGCACCUAAAUUCUGCGCUAGUGACGUCGAUCUCCAUGUGGUGACACCUCUCUGAUCAACGAUGGCGCUCUGUGGCUGCAGGGUUCACAGUGUGAACCCUGGGAAUUCCACGGCUUCCUAUCAUUGUCGACGCAGGGCAGAGAAAACCAAAGAAAUAUGUAAAAGGAGGCGCCGUGGAAACAGUCACGCGGCUGAGACUGAAUUGUGAUUUUACUAGUGUUUGAGACAACUUAUUCUACUAUCAGAAACAUUCGGCAGUGGUGUAUGCACAACCAGCGACAGUGUAGGGCAUGACUGGCGGUGGUCCCAGUUCGACCUGGGGGAGUCCCAGCGGGACCUGCAGUGGUCCCGCGGUGGUGCAAGUUUGGCCCCGCGGGACCCCAGCGGGACCCACUUGCCCCGCGGCUAAUUUAUGUGAUCCCUCUCGUGCCCCCUUGUCUCCGAUUUGGUUUCUACUUCUUCGCUCAUUCGCUGAGUCCCAAUUUUUUCAUGGCGCAAAUAACCAGGGAAAAAUCAAGGGAAUAAUCUAUGGUAUGACGACAUGCAGCGGGAUUUUUCGUGUUGGCCGCGGCCGCCGGAAAUUUCCCGGAAGUUGUUCGUCGACUGACCCCCGAAAGUUACGCCCAACUUAGACUGCUCGAGGCUGAAGACCAUCACGGUGAUAUACUGUACUUCCGCCAUAGAUACCAAGGAUC